GUUCACAACCAAUCACAGUACCUCCUUCUGAUUUCAUCAGAAUCAUUGACGGGAAUAUCGAAGCUGGUGCUCAUUCAAGUUGAUAUAUCAAGCCCUGUCUGGCCUCACGAAGUACUUACUUUGCACUUCUCUUCCUAUGUAUUAAACUACUUAGAGACGUUUACAAAAUAACUUGCGCUUGUUCAGCAUCAUGGCAACAACAGCAGCGAACAAGAUGGACGAUCUCUCCAAAUUGCCAGUUAAAAAUGGGACAUUCGAUCGUCAAGUUUCAUCAUUCAGAUCAUCAAUUUCGUCCAAACCAGGAGCUGAAUUUCCUCCUGAGAAAGAUCGCUACGUAAACUCAUAUGCAUACCAUUAAGAUUUCCUCAAUCUAACUUAGAUAUAGGUGUUGUACAUCAACUAUGGCUGUCCUUGGGCCAGUCGAGCAAAUCUCGUGAGGUCUCUAAAAGGACUUGAAGAUAUCAUCCAAAUGGUCGUCCUAGACUGGGAACUCUUCCCGGAAGGGUGGUCCUUCACCGGCCGCGAUGGCACCGAUCCUGUCGACCCCCUCUAUGGGUUCGCACGUCUCUCCCAGCUCUACUUCAAAGCCGAGCCGUCAUACAGCGCUCGCUACACAGUUCCUAUUCUCUGGGACAAAAAGAAAGAAACAAUUGUCUCCAAUGAAUCCUCUGAAAUCAUCAGAAUGUUUUACUCGGAAUUUGAUUCUCUGCUUCCUGAAAGCUUACGAGAGAGUUCAAAGCCCAACGGGGGAUUCUUGCCAAAGAAUUUACUGAAGGAAAUCGAUGAAAUGAACACCUGGGUCUACGAUCAGAUCAACAACGGCGUCUACAAGACCGGCUUCGCAGUCACGCAAGAAGCCUACGAAACCAACGUCCGCGUCCUCUUCUCAGCUCUAGACCGCAUCGAAACGCAUCUUUCUUCCCACGGCCCGUAUCUCUUUGGAGAACAUAUCACGGAAGCGGAUAUUCGACUCUAUCCUACCAUAGCGAGAUUCGAUGUCGGGUAUCACACGCUUUUCAUGUGUAAUUUGAAGAUGAUCCGUCAUGAUUACCCCAGGAUUCAGGAGUGGUAUGAGAGGUUGUAUUGGGAUGAGAGUGAGGCUACGAGGGGGGCUUUUAGGAAGAGUACGUAUUUUGAUGCGAUUAAGAAGGGGUAUACGAAGGCGAGUAGAAGGACGAUUGUCCCGCUGGGGCCGGAGGUGGAGAUGUUGCCGCUGAAGAAGUGAGGGGUAGUGAACAGGUGCAGACGUGCUUUUUGUGUUGGAGAAGACUGAAUGCCGUCUUAUUUCAUUUUGUUUUAGAUUGUGUAUCGAGCAGAGGGAAAGAUGUGCGCUUGGAAAGUGAUCAUUGGUAUAGGCCAGGUACAUGAAAUGCCGUGGUAAAUGGACGAACAUCGUUUCAAGAAUUAUCAUAUCCGGAGAAGAACACUAGUCUCUGUGUCUCUUUUUCUCUAUAUAUAACUUUAUACACACGAAAGCCUU